UAUUAGAUUGAAACCAUGAAGACUGGUUCAUCGGCACUGUUUUUCCUGUUAGCUCUCAGCUUUGUUUUCACCUUCGGUACUGCCCAGAACCCAAAUCCGGUGGCUUCGAGUUGUUCAGAUAGAGGAAACUUCACCAACGGUAGUACCUACGAGGCAAACCUCAACACCCUCCUCUCUUCUUUCUCCUCGAUCACUGAGAAUGAUUACGGUUUCUAUAAUCUGUCCGUUGGCCGAGAUCUCGAUACAGUUAACUCGAUCGCGCUCUGUCGAGGCGAUGUCCGGCCUGAUGUUUGCCUUAGUUGUAUCAAUAAUGCCACGAGUGAGAUCACAAGUGCUUGUCCCAACAGGAAGGAAGCAAUCAUUUGGUAUGAUUUUUGUAUGUUGCGUUAUUCGAAUCGUUCCAUCGUUGGUGUUCUGGACAGUAGUGUCAUCAUCAGAGGACCUAAUCCUUUGAAUGUUACGGAUCCGGACAGUUUUAAUCAAGCCUUGAACAAUCUGCUGGUUGAUCUUAUGAAUAGAGCCUCAUCGGGUGGCUCUCGUCGCAAGUUUGCAACAUGGAAUGUAAUAGAUACUGCUUUGCAGCCAAUAUAUGCACUUGAGCAGUGCACCCCUGAUUUGUCUCAGGAAGAAUGCACCACCUGCUUGGAGACAGCUCUGCCGAUAAUCCCGGAUUGCUGCGGUGGAAGACGGGGAGGCCAGGUGAUUUUUCCGAGCUGUUUUGUGAGGUUCGAGACGCAACGUUUCUACAACGAACCAACCAAUGGAACCACUUCAAGUUCCAACAGUAAGACAUCUAAGCUUGAUUUCAAAUAUGCAACACUUUCCUUGCUGGAAAUUAAUCCUGCUUUUCUUGCAGAUAAUAACACGUCACGAAUUAUAAUCACCGUCGUAGUUCCGGUUACCGUCGUUGCGAUAAUUAUAAUCUUCGUCUACUUCUUUCUAAGAGCUAGGAAGAGGAAGGAGGACAUUGUUGAAACUGUGGACGAAGAAAUUAUCAACCCAGAGUCUUUGCAAUUUGAUUUCGCCACCAUUAGGAUUGCAACAGAUAACUUUUCUGAUGAGAAUAAGCUUGGUCAAGGUGGCUUCGGGUCUGUUUACAAGGGCAAGCUUUCUACUGGACAAGACAUAGCCGUGAAAAGGUUAUCCAGGGAAUCCGGACAAGGAGACCUAGAAUUCAAGAAUGAAGUCCUCCUGGUAGCCAAACUUCAGCACCGGAACUUAGUCCGGCUGCUCGGAUUCAGCCUCCAAAGAACCGAAAGACUUCUUGUCUAUGAAUUUGUACAAAAUGCAAGCCUCGAUCGAUUCAUAUUCAAUCCCAAAAUGAGGGAACAAUUGAAUUGGGAAACACGAUACAAAAUCAUCGGAGGAAUCGCUCGGGGACUCCUUUAUCUGCAUGAAGAUUCUCGACUUCGAAUCAUUCACCGCGACCUCAAAGCUAGUAAUGUUCUGCUAGACGCAGAUAUGAAUCCAAAAAUUGCAGAUUUCGGCAUGGCAAGAUUGUUUACUAUGGAUGAAACACAGGGAAAUACAAGUAGAAUUGUGGGAACCUAUGGUUACAUGGCUCCGGAAUAUGCAAUGCACGGACAAUUUUCCGUAAAGUCCGACGUCUUUAGCUUCGGAGUAUUGAUUUUGGAAAUCAUCACCGGUCGUAGAAACAAUUGUUUCAACGACAAAGAUAACAUGGAAGAUCUUCUGAGCUAUUCUUGGAAAAACUGGAGGGAAGGGACAACGGUGAAUCUCAUAGAUUCUGCUUUGAGGGUUUCUUCGGGAUCCGAAAUGACGAGAUGCAUACACAUCGGAUUACUCUGUGUUCAAGAAAACGUGGCGGACCGGCCGACGAUGGCGUCGGUCGUCAUCAUGCUGAAUAGCAACUCGUUGACGCUUCCGAUGCCAUCGGAGCCUGCAUUCUUCAUGCAUAGCUCCGUUCAAUCAGACGUCUCGUAUUCGUCCUCGGGCUAUAGCUCAAGAGUCAAAAUUUCCACCAAUCGUUCCAAUGACGAGGUUUUCCCCUUGGCCAAACAUGAGGAUUCAUUUGCAGAGCCUUAUGCUCGUUAAAAUGCUUACCAAAAUUAU